ACCCUUUCCCAAUCUCCUACUCCUCUAUCUUUUCACUCCUGGCUCCCAUUUCUCCUUUCCUCUUCUCCUUUGCGACCCCUCUCUAUCUACUGGCUGAGCGUCCAUCGCCACCUCCUGUGGCCGAUUCAUCUCCGACUCAAUUGAAUUGAGAUUGGAGUAUACAGAUCAAUAGAUCUCAAUCGGGGCACUCUUCAAUCGCACCUCUUUGCCAUUAUAUGCGGCUAUGGUUACUCUUUUUCUUGGAUGAAUUAGGGCGCCUUAGAAAACCACUUGGUGUUUAGGUGGACUUGCGCUUCGUCGGUCAGCUCGUGGCCGGGCAGAUUGUGCAGUCGAAACUCAGAGUGAAUUUCGUGAAUAGAUAUAGCCAUUACCCUGGCGAUCUUCAAGCAUAACAGUAGAAUUAUUCACUAAUCAUUCAAUCGUACUGCACGAUACCAGCAUAUAUGCUACACUAAAACAUAUUUCAAUUGAAAAUUCAAUGGGCUCAAAUGCAAUCGUUUUGCUUUCGAUGUAUCAAAGCUCUCUGAUCACUAAUUCAAGCGAGGUGUAUUCAAUUCAAUUCAAAAAACCACCCGCUGGUUUUCUAUAUGCAUGUUCCAUAGCCCAAGCGCGUGUCCUCACCGGUGCAUGUCUGGUGUCUUGUAAGGCAGCGGCUGGGCUAUGCGUUACGUAAAUAAAAUGAAUCUUUAACUAACAGUACAUAUAGAUAACCUCCACUUUAGUUAGGCUAAGGUCAAAAAAGCAACGGGGCAUAAGGUUCAAAUCUCUAUACAUACAUAGCUUGACACUCAAUCAAUCUCCCAUCCCGUCCUAAGUAUUAUCAUUAUUUUUACCUUAUAAAGUUACUCAUACACUCAUACCAGAUUCCAACCAGAUCAACCCAAUCUCAUCAGCUUCAAUUAGCUCGAUCUUUAUUCUCCCAUCCUUCGUUCUUUCUGUCUUUUCGCCCUUUUUUGCUUCUUUAUGGAUCUUAGUCUCUGUUUCUGUCUAUUACUCUGGAUUUUUCCAAUAUCCUCGGCAGCGCCCAAGGAUAACGGUGAAGAUAAUGACAAACCGUCUGAUCAAGCUGACUUUUUCCCAACUUGAUCUGACCCCUGAAUUGUGGUUGGCUCUGAAGAUCAGACUUUUUUUCUUGGCUUUUUUUUUUCUUUCCUUUUUUUUUCUAUUUUGAGAUAUCCAACCAACGAGCUUUCCUGCUCCCCAACACGACGGAGGUGUUGGUUGGUUGAUGGUUUUCUGACGUAUCUGAAGUCUUACUAUGAAGCCCUGACCAAGUGGAAAGUAGUUCCACCAGAUCGUGUCUCGUUCUGCUGGUUGGCAGCUUUUUGCUGGACGUGGUUGUUCUUUUAAAUAUUUAAAACUAACUCAAUUUAUACAUCCGUUGACUUCAUUCUUCUCAGCUUCUGUUAAAAAUCCUGCUAGCCAUUAAUCAAACUCAUCAGUGAUUUGUUCUGACGCCCGGUUUCUCCUUUUACAUAGUUCAGCAGGCCUAGUAUUCAGCCAAACUAGCCUUCCUUUCAUGUUCUUGGCACCACUUGUCAUCCGGUCUUACUGACAAUCUCCACCUCAAGUCCGCAUAUCACAUUGAAUCACUAUCACCGCUACCACCACCUCCGUAAUACCUCCAACACGUCUUCCGUCCGGAGUCACUCAACACAUACCCCUUUUAGGCCUCUUCCGAUACAAAUCAAGAUGGAAUUCUAUUCUUCUGAUGUUUUGAAUGUUUCCCCGACAGGGAUCAACCAAAACUCCGCCAUCGGCUGUCCCUCGCCGUCAUCACCGUCGAUUCAACUCCCAGGAGGGGAUUACCAUCACCAUACAACCUGCCAAAUAUUCGGCGACACUGACCCUCUCGCCCGAGCCAAGAGUGAUUCUACCGCCAUCACCGGCGGAAUUUUCCAGGCUUCUCCCUGUUUCCAAAACCGACCACGCUCAUCCGACAGUAUACUUACGAGCUCGAAUUCCGGGCAGAUUUUGAGGGCUGAUCAGCAGUCUAAUAACAACAACAUCAAUCCUGGUGGCCACUGUCUCGUUGCUAAUCCGCACCAGCCGCAUUACCAAGUAGCAACGACUGAUCAACAUGGUCAAAUUUCACACCUUCCCUGUGAGGAUGUCACCGAUCCACCUCCGACUCUUCACGCCGAGCUAGACUUUCAAUUUGAGGAAAUUCAUCAGGCCUGCCCUGUGACAUCCGACUCGAUUCCUCGCCCAGCACGAUUGAGUUUGAACUUGGGCGAUCAUGACAUGUCACAUCCUCUGCUGGAUUCCCACCAUUCCGCCUCUGGCGCGGGGGCGACAGCUGUAACAUCUCAUGGAAACAUCAUGGGCCUGGGCUCGUGCUACGUUGACUGCAGUGACUUGGGUGGUCUUCCGUUCCAGUCAUCGGUAGUUGAUCAUGCUUUGAUGGGAUUUGAGCCUACUUUCACUUUUCAAGAGCAUCAUCACUCAGAUCAUGAGGUGGAUGAAGAACGAUCGAAUUGCAGCCCCACCGAGCUUUCCUCCUUCAGUCCUCAUCAUCGACAAGCCGGCCAUGAGAAUCAGAUCCAAUUUCAUACCCAACAGCAAGCCGGCUGGCAGAGUUUCCGGAGCAAUUCCUCGGCCCUUGAAGAUGAUCAAAAUCAACAGCCUCUCAGUCCAACAGAGAUGGCGGCUCUGAGAUCAUCAUCACCAUGCCUUGCUCAUUCGUCCAAUAACCUUUAUUUUGGCUCCUCUCCGCUCUGUCAGUAUACUGAGUCGGGAUCAAUACCGCCGUUAGCCAUGGAGUUAUCUCAAACGCCUACGAUGCUCCGGACGGGGUCUACUGCUUCAGAAUUUUCGACUGGCUCAUCUGUUAAUUCGGCCGGCGUCAACCCAAUUCACGUCAACCCCCUCAGUCAGCCGGUUACGCCUCAAGAUGACAUCUUUGCUCCAUUGAGUGAUCCCUUUCACCAGCAUUGGUGGGCAAACCAAAAUGAGAGUCAUAGCGUUGAGUCACUGGUUACCAGUCUUAGGGCAUCAAUCGGCCAGCCUCUCCAGAAUUCUGCCGACCAUGAAGUUGGGGCCAGGAUGCCGUCAAUCUUCGCACAUCCUCUCAAGAUGCCAACCAGCUCACCUGGCGAUCAAAACAACUGCAGAUCCCCUUCGUCUCCAUACAGUUUAUCUCAGCAAACUAAAUCUUCUCAUUCAUCACCCUAUCACUUGCCUAGUAAAACUCGACGUACUUCCCACCGAUCAACUCUCUCAAACCACAAUCGGACUGCAUCUUCUAAAAUUUCUUCGAGGCCGUUCCUUAUUGAACCUGAUUACAGUCGUCUGCCUACAAAAAGAUCAAGGGGAAGAAGACCACCAAUAUCCCCGGACUUGGGAUUGCCCAUACCGGAUGGACAUCUUUCAAUCGGGUUGCAAUCAGUUCCAGGAGGUCAAGCGUUUGAUCCGAAUUUGAACCCGCAUGCGGAAACUGUGAAAUACUGUGAAUUAACAAAGACUGGGAAACCCAAGAAGAUUUUCAUCUGUCAGGUCAAGGGUUGUGGAAAAUGUUUCAAGCGAAGUGAGCAUCUCAAGCGACAUGUUCGAAGCAUUCACACGAACGAUAAACCUUACAACUGCCCCUGGAUGGCAUGUAUGAAAUCAUUCAGUCGACAUGACAAUCUCAACCAACAUUUAAGAGUACAUCGGGUCGAGGAAGGAGGGGAAGUUCUGAAUGGUCUACACAUCGGAAGCGACGGCGUGUUAAGAUCCGAUCUUGAUGAAUCGCCAGUUGAUCCGGUUAUCCGAGGAUUGCGGGACGUUGAGGUACUCGAUCGGUUUAUGGUCGAUGAAUAAAUACUUGGAUUUUAUUGGACAUCUAUCGGAAGAGUACUAUCUUCAAUUAAUAAAAAAGUAACAUCUAUAUUCAAUUCUGAAUAAAAAAAAAUCAAGAGCCUUCUUCUUGAACUUGUUGAAAUAUUUCUGCGUCUUCAUUUGUGAUAACUCAAUUAAAGACGCUCGUGAAUUUUUUCAUCCUUCAACUUCAUUUUACUCACUAUAGAUCAUCUUCAUCGUUUUCUUUUCUUGAAUCUCCGGAUGGCUGAUAUGGGUACGUAAGCGGAAGAAAAACAAAGUCGUAUAUACCUCCAUGUAGCGGUACACAAAAAUAUAUAUCCAUCUUUAAUUCUCAUUCUCCAUUCUUUUUUCUUACUGAAAUUAUCAUUGUGUGGACAGCAAGGUGGAAAUAGUUAGUUGCUGUAUUUCUCAUCUUACUUGAUCUCUUGUUUUAUUAUCAUAAAAACAAUAAUUAGUGUAAAUGUGUGCUUCCAUCCUCUUGAUUGUUUGUAAAAAAAUAAACAAAUCACUAUACAUACUUUGGUUCAAGAAAAUUUCAGCUUUACAAUGUUCUUGUCAUGCCCUUGCUUCCAUUAAAAUAUCCUGAGGGAAUGACUUCUGAUAGAUUAACAAUAAUCCUAACCUCAGAUAAAGAUAUUGUUUAUCAACAAAAUCCCUUUUUAUAAAACAAUUGCCCAUCUUACAACAUUUUCCAAAGAAUCCAAGCCUCGAUACUUUCUAAAGAACUUGUAUUAUGUUUUCACAUAGGCUUCAGAAAUAUUACAAUUACUACCACCUGUUUUGAGGAAUUUUUCAUGGAAGCCUGAUGGUCCAAAGGCCACUCCAUCUCUUUGGUUUUUGCCUUAUCCAGCUUUUUGUCUGAGUCUCAGUUCAUGUUCAAUCUUAACUGGGGUGGAUAGAAUUUGAAUAUUGACACCAAAUUAUUGAUUAAUGCAAUCUACUAGCUGGCAAAUGAGAAUCAAUCCCUUGCAAGAUGCUAUU